CGCAGGACAAUAAUGUCUCUAACGAACGAAGCUUUGCUACUCAUUCAAAAAAUGGUGAAGAGCCCGCCACUAAAAGCCUUCUCAAUUUUCAACUCCUCCACUCUCCAAGGCUUCCAACACACCCACCAAUCCAUAUCCUUCAUUCUCCACCGCCUUCUCUCCUCCAACAUGCCAACACACGCCCAGUCUCUCAUUCUUCAAGUGCUCUCUGGUCGACUUUCUUCCCCAUUCUUCACUCCCUCCUCUCUCCUCCACCAUUUAACUCAACCCCACUUGAGCUCUAACCCUCUCUGUAGUCAUCUGUUUGAAACUAUCAUCAAUGCCCAUGUUCAAUCUCAGUUGCCAGAGCAAGCCCUUUACUUUUUGAAGCAGAUGGUUGACCAGGGCCUCGUUCCCAGAUCAAACACUUUUAAUAAUCUGUUGGGUUUUCUUGUUAAGUCAAAAGAUUUUGGAAAAGCUUGGUGGGUUUUCAAUGAGUUUAAGGGUAGGGUUGAGUUGGAUGUGUAUAGUUUUGGGAUAAUGAUAAAAAGUUGCUGCGAAGCUGGUGAUUUGGAUAGAGGUUUCGAGCUUUUGGUUCAAUUGGAGGAAAUGGGUCUGUCUCCGAAUGUUGUUAUAUACUCUACUUUGAUCGAUGGGUGUUGCAAGAAUGGUGAUUUAGAGAGGGCAAAGAAGAUGUUUGGUAAAAUGGAGGAGCUUGGUUUGGUUGCUAACCAGUAUACAUAUACUUCGUUGAUUGAUGGGCUUUUCAAGAAAGGCCAUAAAAAAGAUGGGUUUGAGCUCUAUGACAAGAUGAAAAGUAAUGGGGUUGUUCCUAAUGUAUGCACUUAUAAUUGUUUGAUUAAUGAGUGUUGCAAUGAUGGGAAAAUGAACAGAGCUUUGGAACUGUUCGAUGAAAUGCGUAAGAGAGGAGUGGCCUGCAAUGUUGUAGCAUACAACACCGUAAUUUGCGGAUUGUGCAGGGAAAUCAGGAUGUGGGAAGCUGAGAAGUUUUUUAAUCAGAUGAUAAGGGAAGGUAUUAGUCCAAACACGGUUACUUUUAACACGCUAAUUGAUGGGUUUUGUAACCUAAGAAAGUUGGACAAGGCUUUGAGUUUAUUUGAUCAGUUAAAGUCAAAUGGACAAUCACCGUCUUUGGUGACUUAUAAUGUUUUGAUUCAAGGCUUUGCUAGAGCCCAAAAUUCUGCAGGAGUUGCUGAUUUAGUGAGAGAGAUGAAUGACAGAGGUGUUUCUCCUUCUAAAGUGACAUAUACAAUUUUAAUCGAUGCCUUAGUUCGAUCUGGUGACAUGGAAAGAGCAUUUCAGAUAUUCUUUUCCAUGGAGAAGGCCGGUAUGGUGCCCGAUACUCACACCUAUGGUGUCUUAAUCCAUGGAUUAUGCAUGAAAGGCAAUAUGAAGGAAGCAUCGAAGCUGUUCAAAUCAAUGAGUGACACGCAUUUGGAGCCAAAUGAUGUCAUAUAUAAUAUGAUGAUUCAUGGUUACUGCAAAGAGGGUAGCUCUUACAGGGCACUGAGGUUGCUCAAAGAAAUGAGAAAGAAUCAAAUGAUACCAAAUGUGGCUAGCUACAGUUUCACCAUUGGAGUGCUUUGUAAUGAUGGGAAGUGGGAGGAGGCUGAGUUUCUGCUUAAAGAGAUGAUAGAGUCAGAUUUAAGACCAUCAGUAUCUUUGUAUAACAUACUUUCUAAAGCGAAAGGUAAUAGUACUGGUGAAGUUAUGAAUGUUUGAAUGUGAAUGAGAAUCCCAAUUUCUAAAACUUUCCAUAAGAUGGAAUCGUAUGUCUCGAUCAUAAGACCUAGACACCUUGUUUGGUGACCCGGACAACACCCAUAUGUGUUGACUAAAGAGCUCCUUUCAGGUACAAGAAGUCUCACGGCUGUACAGCUUCAUACUCCAAUAUCUUGCCUCACCCAUUAAAAAUUGUAGUUGGAUGAAAGCCAUUGGCCUUGUGCAAGAAAAUCAGAACUUGAAUACUUGGAAUGCAAUUUCAUAUUUCUCGUUGGCUACUAACAUAAUGCAAGAGGGGAUUUACUUCUAAAGGAGCACGGCAAAGGGGACAGUUGCUUUCUGUUAUGGCUAGCCACUGAUCUAUGCAGGACUUGUGAUACGAAUGGUUACAAACAGCAAGCAACCGACACUCCUGCCCCUCCCUGAACUCCUCCAAACAAGUUACACACUCAGGACUAGAAGUAACAGUAUAUGUGAAGACGAUUGAGGCCUGCUGCGGGGGCUGUACUGCAGCAAUAUUACGACCAAGAUUUGACGGCGGUCGACCUGCUUCGAGAUCAUCGUGCCCUGCAUCAUCACUCGGAAAAUGAUCAUUGGGCGUGCGGUCUUUGCAACAAAAAAAGUAGAUCAUCAUUGUGAGGGGGCUCCCAUGGCGAGGGCAAGGGUUGAAUAAACAUCACCAAAAGCAAGCAUUACUGUUGGCGUGACUUGUGGAUAUUGACUUACUUUCCUUACACACCAAGAAUUCCUAUUAUAAUUGUAAU